AUGGAUGCCCAGACUGUCCCCGUUCCGCCGUCACUGAUCUUGCAACAAUCGAGCAACGAAGAACCAGCUUCCACCCCGAGCGAGGAUGCUCUCAAGAAAAGAGGUAGACCGCUCAAAAGCGUUGUUACAGCUGCCUCUACUUCUGAAACAAUCCAUGAGACAGAACAUUUUAAAGCUCAGGAUGGAGGAGAAUAUGUUCCUAUGAGUGCAGAUUCGACAAUUGCGCCAGCCGAUGGUACGAGGCGCAGCGGAAGAUCGAGAAAAGCUACACUUUCGUAUCAAGAGCAACUUGAGUCAGAUGGAGAGCAGCCCGUCGCAAAGCGUCAGAAGAAGAGAAAUGUCACGUAUGAUGACGAUGACGACCAGGAUCCUAGUAAUCGUAUCGUUCCACCAGGAGAACCUGCGACGCCUAAGAAAAAGAGAGCCCCUUCAUCUUCUCCAAGGAAAGCAGCAACACCCAAGGCAAAAGGCGUCAAGGUCAGAACCGAAUAUACAUCCGACCCUUCUGCUGUAUUCAUCGAAGCCCUCGUCGCCGAUGCUUCAAGUGAUAGCAUGGUGGGAUUUACUCGCAAUGGAUCAGGCCAAUUAGCAUAUCAUGGAGAACCAAAUGAAGGUGAUUCAAAGAUAAAGUGGUGGCUCAAUCCUCGGAUCAGUCCCUACACUGGCAAAUACAUGAUGGUGCCACCAACGUUGAUGCAAAAGAAAUGGCGUGCAUAUUGCGCUUUCCAAAAGUUGGAAACUUCUGGAAAACCUGCGGAGAUGCAAGAACGACUUAGAGAUUAUAUCAAGGCUAAAGAAGCUCAGAUGUAUUCAGAGUCUUCAAGUUCAUCUGAAGGCUUUGUAGUUCAUUUGGUUAUGGCACCUCAAGUCAGCACAUCUCAACAACAAAGGCUCCAAGCGGAUAUUAUACGUGUUCUUAAAGAGACUGUACUUGCUAAAAACUCUGUUCAGGAUGUCUGGAAUUUCAGAAUUUGCUUGAAAGUUCCAACCAAAAAAUGGUUGGAAGUAUCGGAAGCUCUGGAGUGCAGUGACAUUGGUUUUAUUUUCACAACUUAUCCGCAACAGCCAGACGGUCGCCCAGCUGAUACAAGAUAUCAGAGAGGUAUUAUAGAUGGGGUUUCUUGGCCGUCAGACGAAGCAUUUGACUUGAAGGAUCGUAUAUUUCUGGGAGGAACGUGGGCCGGCAGUGGAUUUGAGAAAGGAAUCAUUUUUGGAAGAACUCGAGCUGUGGUAAAGCAGAAAGUUGAAGAAAUGUGUGAACAGAUUGGAUAUGAAAUUGUUAAGGGUUAUGUCAAAAAGAUCAGAGACUCGGAGACAGAAGGAAGUGAUAUCCCUCCACAACAACAUUCACCUACUCUCUCAGAUGAUACCACCUCAUCACAGAGUGAAGAAGAUUGGACGGAAGAGGAAGAGGAAAUUGCUCAAGCCGCCUGGGAUCAUGAUGAAUCCAAAAAGAGGACACUCAAUCUCGAGACAUAUACUUAUCGACUGGGAGAGCUUUGCUCUUUCAUGGUUGAAGAUCCUUUUGUCGACGACGGCCGAUACACAUAUGAUUCCGAUGGAGAAUUGGUGGAUGAUGCGCCAUAUACCUAGUAUUGACAGUUAUGUGCUUAGGGUUCAUCCAUCUUCUCUGCUUAAUGUACAUCCAGAGAUGAGUAAAUUCUACCAUUGAAUACUUCGGGUGUAAUUAAUGAAUAAUUGGUGGAUGCAUAUUCAGAACAAAGUGGAGGACUUUUUAUCAUAGGAUAGAAUAUCUAGUUAACAUCUGUCUUUGAUGAUUGGCGAGGGGAUUCCUAUUAAUUUCAUAGUUUACUGCAAAUUAGCCAAAUACAUCAAACCCGUGCCUUCAGCGCAACCUAUGUACUCAGCGUCCAAAUCUCCUGACUUCAAAAUACACAGCUCCACAAACAAUACCGACUUUCCCUUUUCCAACUGACCCCCAGGUCCAUAAAGAUUCAUAACCGUCUUUCUCAAUUCCACAUGACUCUUAUGCGAACGACCUGCUUGCUCAAAAUGCGACAGAUCCAAGAAAUAUGCAAGUUGGUUUGUCUCUGCGAUAGCUUCGGUAUCAAGCUCUAAAUCUCCUUUGGCAUCAAAUUUUUCAUUCACAAUCUCCGGGGUGGGGUUCUCGUGGCCUAUGUGUGUGGUAAAUGCCACUACGCCAUUCUUGUUGCGUUCAGUGUCGAGAUGAGAUAUCCAGGAUUGAGCAUGUGGAUUUAUUUUCUUGAGCCAGGCUUCUGUUUCUGCGGGUGGGAUAUUUGACUGGCGUUGUCCUUCACGGACAAAUAUGAGAUUAUCGGGUGGGCUGGAGAUGGUUACUCUGCCUAAUUUUAUUUUGGAGCUACGGAUUUUAGGUAUGUCGAUGGUUUUCCUCGUGUCGUUUGGUUUUGCUUUGGUGGUAGUAAUAUAAGCAGAGGUAAAUGUAUCUUUAGGAUCGGUGUGUGAAUCUGGCGUUUUGGAUAUUCGAUGACGGUAUACGCCCCAGUAUCCUUCGUCGGAACUUUGUUUUAGGGGAAGAAGAGUGCCCAUUGCUGAGGCGACGGGUUGACUUGAGGCGAACAUGAAGCGCGAUUUCGGGACGGUCAUUACUUCGCGCCAGACACCUGCGUCUGGAGGGAGAGAAUUCCAGAAUUCUUGAACUGGAGAGGAGGCUUGAAAUGAUUGGUAGGAGGAAGAGGACAACCAAUAAGCGAUAAAAGUUGUGGAUUUGGGUCCAUGACGAGGAAGUCCGUGGCUUUCGUCUUGAAGAUGGUCGACACGGUUGGCAGACGAAGAGAGCAAUUUGUACAGGGUGGAUACAAAAAUUGCUUUUUCUGGCGUAAGUUCUUCGUGUUGGACGCCAAAAAUCCCAUAGGUAAAGAUGUAGUCUUUUCCGUCCAUAUCAAGAAGAAACACCAUGAUGGGCAAUGUUUAUGAGGCUAAUAGUACCUAGUGAAUAAUGGCGCGAAAAUUCAUACUUGUCUCCAGAAAUCAUGCAAAAUCUUGACUUUUGAGCAUUUGAGAAAGUACUAACAUGAAAGCAGUAACCUUACGGAAGGAUCUGAAAGAUUUUUUAUAAUGCAUUUUACUAUGCCUGGGGAAAAUUUGCCCAUGCAUGGGUGCCCCUUAAUUUCAGCAUGGCUGGCUCUUAUCUUCAUGUUGCGGAUGUAGUAUCCGCCCGAACGACAUAGUUGUGAAUUGACGAUGACAUCAAAUAUAUGGUAAGACUAUGUUCAGAUAAUCUGGAGCCACUUGGCUGCGGAGAUAGGCUACUGAGAUUGUCCGAUAUUGAAUCUUUGAAACAAAUCG